GGGGGGGGGGGGGGUUGUCUCGCGCCUCCUGUGCGGGAUGGCACCACGCAGCCGGCGGUGUGUCGACAGCGGUUUUUUGCUGCGGUUUUUUCGCCGUCUGCGCCACCGAGAGGAUACGCACGCCUCCGCGUAAACAUGUGCACACUGCGUCUUUAAGCUCCGCCGCCGAUGAAUCAACUGUCACUGUCCGGCGAGGGAGGUGCUGAAAUCAGGAUCAGAGCGAACCCCCCCUCCUCUUUCUCUCUCUCUCUCUCUCUCUCUCUCUCUCUCUAUCUUUCUCUCCCUCCCUCUCUCCCCGUCUCCCUCCACCUCUAUUUCCGACCGACCGACACUUGCAGCCAUUUUACGCAGGACGAACCCAAUCAUGUCGUGAGGGAAGCUCGCCGGUCACCUGGGCACAGAGCGAGCGGCGUCCCGGUGGUCGCGCGCGCGCGCACACACACACACACACACACUCACGCACACACACACACGCACACAGGACCGGCCAAAAUGGUGAAGAGGAAGAGCCUGGACGAAAACGAGCCGGAGUGCGGGAAGGGCAUACCGUUCCCCAUCCAGACCUUCCUGUGGAGGCAGACCAGCGCAUUUCUGCGUCCAAAGUUGGGGAAACAGUAUGAAGCGUCUUGUGUGUCCUUUGAGCGGGUGCUGGUGGAGAACAAGCUGCACGGCCUGUCGCCGGCCCUGUCAGAGGCCAUCCAGAGCAUCUCCCGCUGGGAGCUCGUCCAGGCGGCCCUGCCCCAUGUGCUCCACUGCACCUCCAUCCUGCUGUCGAACAGGAACAAGCUGGGCCACCAGGACAAGCUGGGCGUGGCCGAGACCAAGCUGCUCCACACGCUGCACUGGAUGCUGCUGGAGGCGGCGCAGGAGUGCAACCACGAGCCGAGCCUGGGCCACGGCUGGUCCGGCGGCAGCAGCAGCAGCGCCUUCCUGCAGCCCGUGGGAAACCAGGGCUCGUCGCCGGGGGCCCCGGGCUCCUGCUCCGGCUCGGCCCUGGGGGGGUCGGGCCCCCGGCACAGUGGCUCCCUGCUCGAGGAGGACGAGCACGCUCGCACCAAGCUGUUCCACAAGAGCAUGGCCACCGUGGAGCUGUUCGUGUUCCUGUUUGCGCCGCUCAUUCACCGGAUAAAGGAGUCGGACCUGACCUUCCGAUUAGCCAGUGGCCUGGUGAUUUGGCAGCCAAUGUGGGAGCACCGGCAGCCCGACAUCCCCGCCUUCGCUGCACUCAUCAAACCUGUGAGAAACAUCGUGACAGCCAAGAGGAACUCCCCAGUCAACAACCAGUGCAGCCCCUGUGGAUCUGGCAACCCGGGUCCCACGGGCUUUCAGGUGGUUUGCGAGACCGCCCAAUCGGAUUCCUCCUCCCCCACGGCUGGAGAGCAGAGCUGUCGCCGUGGUAACUCGGUGGAGAAAGGCGGCCCUUCCAAACCACUCCCGCCGGUCAAAGGCCCCUCCAAGAAAAAGACAUCGGCCCCUGCGGGUCUGCCGACAUCCGUGGCCCAGCGCGCGCGCUAUGCCACGUACUUUGACGUGGCCGUGCUGCGCUGCCUGCUACAGCCCCACUGGACGGAGGAGGGCGUGCACUGGGCCUUGAUGUUUUACCUCCAGCGCCUGAGGCAGAUCCUGGAGGAGAGACCCGAGCGCACCCCGGAGCCGCUGGUCACGCCCCUGCCGCGCCCGCGCAGCAGCUCCAUGGUCGCCGCCACGCCCUCGCUGGUCAACACACACAAGACCCAGGAUAUGAGUCUGAAAUGCAACGAAGAGGGCAAGUCGCUGAGCACGGAGACGUUUGCAAGGGUGUCACUGACCAACCUCCGUCGACAGGCUGUCCCAGACCUCUCCUCGGACCUGGGCAUGAACAUCUUCAAGAAGUUUAAGAACCGGCGUGACGACCGGGAACGGAAGGGCUCCAUCCCCUUCCAUCACACGGGAAAGAAGCGCCAGCGCCGCAUGGGGGUUCCCUUCCUGCUCCACGAGGACCACCUGGACGUCUCGCCCACCCGCAGCACCUUCUCCUUCGGCAGCUUCUCCGGCCUGGGCGACGACCGGCGAGCCCUGGACCGCGGCGGCUGGCAGGCCACGAUCAUGGGCAAAUUCACGCGGCGGGGCAGCACGGACGAGGCCGCAGACGCCGACAGCCUGAGCGCCAAACACUCUCACUCCCACCACUCGCUCCUCAGAGACAUGCCCGACCACUCCAACAGCCACAGCGAUAACACCGUCAAAGAGGUCCGAUCGCAGAUCUCCACCAUCACCAUGGCGGCAUUCAACACGACCGUGGCGUCCUUCAACGUGGGCUACGCCGACUUCUUCACCGAGCACAUGAAGAAGCUCUGCAACCCCGUCGCCGUGCCCGAGAUGGCCGUGGAGCCGCUGGCCUGCGCCAACCUGCCGCGCAGCUUUACCGACUCCUGCAUCAACUACUCCUGUCUGGAGGAAGGGGAGAACAUCGAGGGGACCAAUAACUUUGUGCUGAAGAACGGCAUGCUGGACCUCACUGCUGUCCUGCGGGCACUCUACGCCGUCCUCAGCCACGACAUCAGCUCCAGGAUCUGCGACGUGGCCCUCAACAUCAUCGACUGCCUGCUGCAGCUCGGCGUGGUGCCCGGCAUGGGCAAGAAGCUGUCCAAGCCGGACAACAAGGAGAACCAGGAGGCGCGAGCCAAAGACCCGCCGGGUCAAGGCCUCGGCGGAGGCGCGCAGGGGGGCGGAGCAGCGUCGGGAGCAGGCGGCGGAGGGGGAGAUGGAGGCGGAGGCGGAGGAGGAGGGGGAAGUGGCGGAGGGAGUGCGCAGGGGAGCAAGGACGACGUGAAGAAUAACAAGGAUAAUGAUAAAAAGGAAGAAGGCUCCGGCCUCAGUGCCCACCGCUUGGCUCUGACCAUGCUGAUAAAGAUAGUCAAGUCCCUGGGCUGCGCCUACGGCUGCGGCGAGGGCCACCGCGGUCUGUCAGGGGACCGCCUCAGGAUGCAGGCCCAGAAUUGCCUGACCAACCUGUAUAAGCUGGACAAGCUGCAGUUUCGCCAGACAAUACGCGAGUAUGUGAACAAAGACUCUCUCAAUAACAUUGUGGACUUCCUGCAUGCGCUGCUGGGCUUCUGCAUGGAGCCCAUUACUGACAAGUACGGCAGUGCAGGUGAGAGGUCCAGGAGGGCGAAAAAAAGAAACAUCGACAAGGCGGGCUUUGGGAACAACUUCACCACAGGGGACAACAAGUCCGUGGCCCAGACUAUGGAGGCGGUGGUGGUGGGCUGCAUGUUCAAGUCCCUCAUCACCCGCUGCGCCUCCACUACACACGAGCUGCACAGUCCGGAGAACCUGGGUCUGUACUGUGACAUCCGCCAGCUGGUGCAGUUCAUCAAGGAGGCGCACGGGAACGUGUUCCGCAGGGUGGCGCUGAGCGCGCUCCUGGACAGCGCCGAGAAGGUCGCCACCACCAAGAAACCCGAGGAGAAGGAGGAGGGCAAACAGCCCGUGCCCAGGAGGUCAGAGGCGGGUGUGUCCGGGGAGAAGGGUCUGGUGUCCGGUGCUGCAGAUGAGUGUCACAGCUUCAUCUCCAGUAGACCCCCCCAGACCCCCGAACACGAAGAACAGAUCCCGGGCGCUCUGCUGGGCAGGAAGGACUUUUGGAGGAAGAUGUUCAAGUCGCAGAGCGCCGCCAGCGACACGAGCAGCCAGUCGGAGCAGGACACCUCCGAGUGCACCACCGCCCACUCUGGCACCACCACCGACCGGCGCUCUCGGUCCAGAUCCCGCCGCAUUUCACUUCGCAAGAAGCUGAAGCUGCCUAUAGGCAACUGGCUCAAGCGUUCUUCCCUCUCCGGACUGACCGACGGUGUUGAGGACCUGCUGGAUAUCAGCUCAGUCGAUCGACUCUCCUUCAUACGACAGAGUUCAAAGGUGAAGUUCACCAGUGCAGUGAAGCUAUCCGAAGGGGGGGCCGCGGGGCCGGAGUUCGGCAGGGACGAGGAGGAGAAUUUCUUCAAGCGGCUCGGUAAAUGGAGGUCUGGCAGGAGGAAUCCAUCCAAGAUUCACCACACAGAAGAGAAAGAUGGUCCCCAUGGUUUUCAGGAGCGUCUCGCAGCCAGCCAGGAGGCCAUGAAGAACAAAAAUGUGGUGAACUUGGGCGCCAUACGACAAGGUAUGAAACGCUUCCAGUUCCUCCUGAACUGCUGUGAGCCGGGGACCAUACCCGACGCCUCCAUCCUCGCUGCUGCUCUGGACCUGGAAGCUCCAGUCGUGGCUCGCGCCUCCCUCUUCCUCGAAUGUGCCCGAUUUGUCCACCGCUGUAACCGCGGCAACUGGCCAGAGUGGAUGAAAGGCCACCACGUCAACAUCACCAAAAGGGGCCUGUCAAGGGGCCGGUCACCUGUUGUGGGCAACAAGAGGAACCAGAAACUCCAGUGGAACGCCGCCAAACAUUUCUGCCAGUGGGGAGACGCGAUCGGUACGAGGCUCAGUGAACUCUGUCACUCUGAGAGCGAGAGCCCCGCCAACAUCCUGGGUUAUAUUUACGAUGAAGAGACCAAACGGAGAAUGAGAAAGGAAGACGAGGAAGAGGAUUAUUUAGACGACAACACAGUCAAUCCUACAAAGUGUGGCUGCCCCUUUGCUCUGAAGAUGGCCGCCUGUCAGCUGUUGUUGGAAAUCACCACUUUCCUGCGAGAGACCUUUCCCUGCUUGCCACGCCCGCGCACCGAGCCGCUUGUGGACCUCGACAGCUGCCGCUUGCGUUUAGACCCAGAGCUCGGCCGCCAACGCUACGAGAGGAAGAUCAGCUUCGCGGGCAUCCUCGAUGACGAGGACGGACACGAUUCGCUCAACAGCAGCAGCCACACACUGAAGUCCGACACCACCUGCGACGACAAGAGGACGCAGGAGACGCAGGAUAAUCUCUCGCCGCUCCCGUCCUCCCCAGCACCCAUCCGGAAGAUUCGCAUCGGCGGCUCCCGGCUGCUUCAGAUCAAAGGGGCCCGCAGCUUCCGCGUCAAGAAAGGCGGCUCCCUGUCGUCCAUUCGCCGGGCGGGCAGCCUCAAGAGCACCAAGCUGUCCCGCCAGGACUCCGAGUCUGAGAACGAGGAGGGUCUGUUGUCGCAGACGCACAGCAGGGACACUGUCACCGACAUCGGCAGUCCCUUCAGCACCAGCGAGCCCAGCAUAGAGCCAGAGGGCCAGAACUCUGGAGGAGCGGAGGACAACUACCACCGCAACAUGUCCUGGCUCCAUAUCAUGAUCCUGCUGUGCAACCAGCAGAGUUUCAUCUGCACCCAUAUCGACUUCUGCCACCCGCACUGCUACCAGCACCACAGCCGCUCCUGCGCCCGGCUGGUCCGCGCCAUCAAGCUCGUGUACGGCGAGACGGUGGACAGCCUGCGGGAGGACGGCGGCUCCUCCGGUAACAUCGGGGCGCGCGCAAAGAAAAGCAAAGAGUGUUCAGACAAGUCAUGCCUGAGGACGCCGUCCAUGAAGAGGAGACCCACCGACUCCAACGCGGAGGGGAAGAAGGACACGGGCAUGCUCAAGUACAUCCGCAACCAGGUGAUGAGCUUGUCGCCAGCUCCACUCUCGCUGCUGAUCAAAGCCGCUCCCAUCUUGACCGACGACAUGUACGGAGACAUCCAGCCCGCCGCCUGGGAGCUCUUGCUCAGUGUGGAUGAACACAUGGCGGCCGCUGCGGCGGCCAUGUUCCUUCUGUGCGCGGUGAAGGUCCCCGACGCGGUGACCGAAAUGAUGAUGGCGGAGUUCCAGCACCAGGAGGCGUGCCAGCGCAUCAACUCCGUCCUGAAGUUUUACACACUGUGGCGCUUCCGCUACCAGGUGUGGCCUCGCAUGGAGGAAGGAGCGCAGCAGAUCUUCAAGAUCCCUCCGCCCAGCAUUAACUUCACCCUGCCGUCUCCUAUUCUGGGCAUGCCCUGCGUCCCCAUAUUCGACCCCCCCUGGGUGCCCCAGAAUACCGGCAGCGUCCAGGACCCAAUCAACGAAGACCAGUCUAAAUCCUUCUCGGCGCGGGCGGUGUCGCGCUCCCACCAGCGCGCCGAGCACAUCCUGAAGAACCUGCAGCAGGAGGAGGAGAAGCGGCGGCUGGGCCGCGAGGCCAGCAUCGUCACGGCCAUCCCCGUGGCCCAGGAGGCCUGCUACGAGCCCACGUGCAGCCCGCCGCCCGAGCAGGAGGAAGAAGCAGAAGAAGUGGUGAACCUGGCGUCACGCCGUCUGUCUGUCAGCCCGUCCUGCACCUCCAGUAACUCCCACAGGAACUACUCUUUCCGACGGGGCUCCGUGUGGUCCGUCCGCUCGCUGGCCAGUGCCGAAGAUGAAGAGAACACAACAGAGCACACACCCACUCACCACAUGCUCCAGCCGCCCCAAGCCGUCUUCCCAGCAUGCAUCUGCGCCGCCGUCUUACCAAUAGUGCACCUCAUGGAGGACGGGGAGGUCCGAGAGGAUGGCGUGGCCGUGAGCGCUGUGGCCCAGCAGAUCCUCUGGAACUGCCUGAUUGAGGAUCCGGCCCUGGUUCUCCGACACUUCCUGGAAAAACUAACAGUGAGCAACAGACAGGAUGAGCUGAUGUACAUGCUGAGGAAGCUCCUGCUCAACAUUGGCGAUCUGCCGGCCCAGACUUCUCACAUCCUCUUCAACUACCUGGUGGGACUGAUCAUGUACUUUGUGCGGACUCCCUGCGAGUGGGGUAUGGACGCCAUCUCGGCCACGCUGACCUUCCUGUGGGAGGUGGUGGGCUACGUGGAGGGGCUCUUCUUCAAGGACCUGAAGCAGACCAUGAAGAAGGAGCAGUGCGAGGUCAAGCUGCUGGUCACCGCGUCCAUGCCAGGAACCAAAACGCUGGUGGUGCACGGGCAGAACGAAUGCGACAUCCCGACACAGCUCCCGGUGCAUGAAGACACUCAGUUCGAAGCACUGCUGAAGGAGUGUCUUGAAUUUUUCAACAUUCCUGAGGCCAGGUCAGCGCACUACUUCCUAAUGGACAAACGGUGGAACCUCAUACAUUAUUCCAAGACGUAUGUAAGAGACAUCUACCCCUUCCGGAGGUCAGUCUCUCCGCAGCUGAACCUGGUCCACAUGCUGCCUGAGAAAGGACAGGAGCUCAUCCAGAAACAGGUGUUUUCUCGUAAACUGGAGGAGGUCGGCCGCGUUCUCUUCCUCAUCUCCCUCACGCAACACAUGCCGGCCGUGCACAAGCAAUCGCACGUCUCCCUGCUGCAGGAGGACCUCCUCCGUCUGCCCUCCUUCCCACGAACGGCCAUCGAUGCGGAGUUCUCGCUGUUCAACGAGCCACAAGGUAAGGAGCUGUUUGGUUUGGACACCCUCCACAAGGUGCUGUGGAUCAAGCUGCUGGAGGAGAUGUUUCUGGGCAUGCCCAGUGAGUACCCGUGGGGCGAUGAGAUGAUGCUCUUCCUCAACGUCUUCAACGGGGCUUUGCUGCUGCACCCGGAGGACAGCGCCCUCCUCAGGCAGUACACGGCGACUGCCAUCAACACCGCCGUGCACUUCAACCACCUCUUCUCCCUGAGCGGCUACCAGUGGAUCCUGCCGACCAUGCUGCAGGUCUAUGCCGACUAUGAGAGCGACCCAUUGCUGAGGCAGGGCAUCGAGUUCUGCUGCCGGCAGUUCUACAUCCUCCACCGCAAACCCUUCAUCCUGCAGCUGUUUGCAAGUGUGGCGCCGCUGCUCGAAUUCACGACCAGCACCAGCACGGGUCUGUCUAAAGGAGUGUCAGCCCAGUGUCUGUUCGACCUGCUGGUCUCUCUGGAGGGGGAGACCCUGGACGCCCUGGACGCUCUGGAGCUGGUCAAGGCGGAGAAACCUCUGCGCUCGCUGGAUUUCUGUUAUGGAAACGAGGACUUGGCCUUUUCUAUCAGCGAGGCCAUCAAGCUGUGUGUUACUGUGGUUGCCUACGCCCCCGAGUCCUUCAGGAGUCUCCAGAUGCUGAUGGUGCUGGAGGCCUUGGUCCCCUGCUUCCUGCAGAAGCUGAAGAGCAACACGGUCACGAUGGAAUCGGCGUCGGCCGCCCGGGACGAGAUCGCCGCCAUCGCCGCUCUGGCCACGUCGCUGCAGGCCCUCCUCUACAGCACAGAGACCCUCACGAGGCCCAUGACAGCCCCGCAGUUGUCCCGCUGUGAUCAGGGCCACAAGGGAGGCACUACGGCUAACCACGCCAUGUCAGGAGGGGUCAACACCAGGGACAAUCUCCACCUCCUGGAGGAGGGCCAGGGUAUGCCGAGGGAGGAGCUGGACGAGCGCAUCGCCAGGGAGGAGUUCCGGCGGCCGCGGGAGUCCCUGUUGAACAUCUGCACGGAGUUUUACAAACACUGCGGACCGCGACUCAAGAUCCUGCAGAACGUUGCCGGUGAGCCCCGGGUCACGGCCCUGGAGCUGCUGGACAUCAAAUCCCACAUGAGGCUGGCAGAGAUUGCCCACGCCCUGCUGAAGCUGGCGCCCUACGACACCCUGACCAUGGAGAGCCGCGGGCUGCGGCGCUACAUUAUGGAGAUGCUGCCCAUCACCGACUGGGCGUCCGAGGCCGUCCGCCCCGCCCUCAUCCUCAUCCUCAAGAGGCUGGACCGCAUGUUCAACAAGAUCCACAAGAUGCCUACGCUCAGGUGCGCUCGCCCACAGGCAUUAUGCACCAGGAGACAGGUGGAGUGGGAGGCGGCCAGCAACCUGAUCGAGGGGAUCUGCCUGACCCUGCAGCGACAGCCGAUCAUCUCCUUCCUCCCGCACCUUCGCUCGCUGAUCAACGUCUGUGUCAACCUGGUGAUGGGUGUGGUCGGCCCCUCCAGCGUGGCAGACGGCCUGCCCCUGCUCCACCUCAGCCCCUAUCUCUCCCCUCCGCUUCCUUUCAGCACGGCGGUGGUCCGUCUGGUUGCCCUGCAGAUCCAGGCCUUGAAGGAGGACUUCCCUCUCAGUCAUGUGAUCUCGCCCUUCACCAAUCAGGAGAGGAGAGAGGGGAUGCUGCUCAACCUGCUCAUUCCCUUUGUGCUGACUGUUGGCUCCGGGAGCAAAGACAGCCCCCACCUCGAGCAGCCCGAGAUCUUCCUGCUCCUCCAGACUGUCAUCAACAUCCUGCUGCCUCCUCGGAUCAUCUCCACCUCUCGCACCAAGAACUUCAUGCUGGACGCCUCGCCGGCUCACUGCUCCACGCCGGGCGACACGGGGAAGGACCUGCGCAGGGAGGGAUUGGCCGAGUCCACCAGCCAGGCUGCAUAUCUGGCUCUGAAGGUGGUGUUGGUUUGCUUUGAGCGCUCGCUGGGAAACCAGUGGUACCGGCUGAGCCUGCAGGUGAAAGAGAUGGCUCUGCGGAAGGUGGGCGGCUUGGCCUUUUGGGACUUCAUCGACUUCAUCGUCCGAACUCGUAUCCCCAUUUUCGUCCUGCUGAGACCAUUCAUACAGUGCAAGCUGUUGACGCAGCCUGCUGACUCCCAGGAGGAGAUCACCGCGCGUCACCACAUCGCCGACCAGCUGGAGCGACGCUUCAUCCCACGACCGCUGUGCAAGAGCUCCCUGUUUGCAGAGUUCAACAAUGAGCUCAAGAUCUUGAAGGAGGCUGUGCACAGCGGCUCUGCCUACCAAGGCAAGACGUCCAUCAGCACGGUGGGCACCUCCACAUCCGCUUACCGCCUCAGCUUGGCCACAAUGUCGCGCUCCAACACGGGCACCGGCACGGUUUGGGAGCAGGAGAGUCAGCCGUCGCGCCAGCCCUCCCAAGACACGCUCAGCCGCACCGAUGAGGACGAAGAAGAGAUCGACUCCAUGAGCAUCCCCAGCAUGGUGAGCGAGCACGAGGCCUUCCUGCCGCGGGUGAUGACGCAGCGCCGUUUCUCCAGCCACGCCACCGGCUCGGCGGCCUCGCAGCCCGAGGCUCACCGCGCCACCAUGCUGCCCAGUCACAGUGAACCCAAUGUGCUAGAUGAGUCCCAGGGCCUUCUGCAGGAGGGUAACCUCUCUAGGGUUGCAAGUGUGCAGAGUGAACCUGGGCAGCAGAACCUCCUGCUACAACCUCCGUUAGGCAGAAAGCGCGGCCUCAGACAGCUGCGGCGCCCCCUGCUGUCCAUCCCAAAGAGCGAACCACGCGAUCGAUCUGGAGCGCGGCUCUCGACGACACGCAGAAGCAUCCAGCCCAAGAACAAACCACUGGAAACAUUAUUGGACUGUGAAGCGCAUGACCAAAAGAGGUCGGUCACCUUCACGGAGGCGUCUGAGGGGAUGAGCAAGCCCCUGACUCCCAGCACUCUGGAGCCUCCAGCUGAAGGCAGGAAGGCCAGUCCUGCCCCUUCAAAGUCCCCCACGCUGGAAGUUCCCCCUGCCACCUCGGCCACCGUCACGGCUGACCUGCACGGCCCUGCGAACACACAGGUCCCUCCAGCCAUAAGCAGCAAGGAGAAGAGAGAGCAGUGGGUGCUCCGCAGCAGCCUCUCCCCUCCGCCCUCCAUCUCCCGUCCCUCCACCCCGACUCCCCCAUCCCGCACCUGCUCCCCGUUGCCCCUGUCCCGAAACUGCUCCCCACUCCCCUUGUCCCGCACCUCCUCCCCUCUCCCCCCGCCGCUCCCAGUGCUGGGCACAACGCCCGCCCCGGGCCCCCCUCUGCCGCCGCCGCUGCCGCCGGCCCCACUCCUUCCCCCGCCUCCACCGGGGCCCUCCAGGAUCAGGGAGAGCCCCGGGGACGCGGACACCACAGCGCUCCUGCCGCGCAGCAACAUCCUACUGCGACUCAGCGAGGACGCCGGCACAGAGAACCCCCUACUCACCCCCCUGCUGUCCCAUCCCUCGCCCCGCCGGUCACCCCGCCGGUCGCCCCGCCGAUUGCCCCUGCCCCUCUCCCCCGUCGACCUGGAUCUGGAUGAGUCCCACGUGUGAGAGGGGUGACAGGCGUGGCCCAAGACGAACACCGUACAAUUAGUCUGCAAGUAACAUUUUAAAACAUUUAAUUGAUUCACUGACAAUCAAAGAAGUAUAUUGUUAUAAAGGAAGAAAAGUGUGGGCUUCUCUGUUUCUGUCUUAUACUACCCCUGUGUCUCCAACCCGCCAAUAGCCCCCUAGUUUUUGCCCAGAUUCAUUUGUUUUCCUAUUGGCUUUGCCCCUCAAACUUAACUGCUCUCUCCUCAGUUUAGUUGUUUAGUUUUGAUUUAAAAUAACUCCCCGAAAUGUACAAAAGUCCCUCUUCCGCUCUCAGUGGCUAUUGUAUUGUAUUGUAUCUUUUUAGUGUUGAACAUCAACAUGAAAAUCAUCAUCAUACAGGCUACAUAACCUGAGGGUUUGAAUGUAUAUUAUGGCAGCGAAUCUACCUUAUUGCUCAUCUCCCAUCACAGACACGGUUGUGUUCAAAUGCUGAGAUCAAAGAUUUAUUUUUUAAGCUAUAUUUAUGUCAUAAAUAGUAUUAACAGACGAAUACUGACUCGGGAAAAGGUUCAAGAAAAAAGGAUUGAUACUUACACAUAAAAGAUAUCUAUAUUGAAGAGAUCUAUAUGAAUUAAAAAAUAAAGAUGCUUUAACUUGUAGAAAGUUUUGCAAAGGUUAUAAAUGAGGGAAAAUGCAGUUUGUAUAGAAAGUAAAUAAAGAGCCAUUCUAAACUUGUGGGUGAAAUAAGGCCAUUUUUAUUAAACAAUAAUGAUAAUAAUAAUAAGCAUUUUAUGUCAUGAUAUGGAACAGGAGAAAAAGCAGAUUUUAUAUUCUAGGAGGAUUUUUAUUAGUUUUUCAAUAUGUUCAAGAUACUGUAAAAUUGUCUGUGGAACAAAUCAAGCAAAUUUGAAAAUAUGCCCGUCCAGUGUGUAUGUCGGGAACUGUUUUUAAAGGGGCGCUCCACCAGCUUAACUCUAAAUGUUAGUUUACUCUUAAAGAAACUACAGAAAAACUUAGGACAGUCUGCUAUCGUGGACAUUUUGAUUUGGUGAAACGACAUGGCUUUUUUCUGAACACUAAACUCUCAUGUCGGGUGAAAUUAAAGGGAUUCGGUGCAUUCGAAAUGCAUUUAAAUUGUGUUUUAAAUGUAUGAAUGCAUGGAAAGUUUCAAAAUCUCCUUAAUUGCUGGAGUACACCUUUAAAUUGAGAGAGUCUUUUCCUCUAUUUCUCUUUUGCACACUCGUGCAUCCUGUCAACUCCACAGUUCCACAGUGUACAUCGCGCUGCUCAGUGUCUCGGCAGAUUAUAAUUCCUGCGACCAAAGACUGUAUCGUCGUCUCGCGUUACAUCAGCUCUGAAAACACUUACAAACGACCCCGUUGUCACGUGUCCUGAUGUUGUUCAGUUUUUUGUCUUUGAUGUUGUCUUAGAUUGAGACCUUUUUUGUUUCAUUGCAACUGUGAUGAAUCGAUGCAGUACAUAGAUGUUACCUCGUUGCCCAUUCCAUGCCUUAACAGAGAAAUAUUAAUAUGUCUGUCAGUAUCAUGUCUGUAUUGAAUUUAUUAUCUCCAGUGAAAACCUCAUACCUCCAAGAUGUUCACUUUUCAGAAACUCCUAGAUCUACUUGCCCACAAUGCAUUUGAGGGCAUACUUGAGCCUUUAUUAUGUUUUGGCUCAUUGCUGAGUCAGAGGGGGGGAUUAUAAAUUUGCAUAACUCUGGGCAAGUUGUGAAAAAAAAUGGAUUUCCAAUAUUCUUACAGAUACAGUAUAACUCUAUUUGUUUAGUUGUUCAUGAAAGGCUGGAAUGGUACACCACAUUCAGAGUUAUUAUAUCUAUAUAGUUAUAAAGCAGAUAUUGAUAUGUGCCAUACUUAACACCAACGCACUGUGAGUGUUUUAUUAGCUGCUUCUGUGUUUUAACUUUCUCUCGACUGUUUGGGAAAAUACUGUAACCAUUAGGUUACAUACUGUACUGAAUACAAGAGCGUUAACUUUUUUUUUUAUCCAACAGCAUAUUUAAAUUGUAUUCUUAUUAAAAAAGCUAUUACUGUCCCAAGUUAAGACACAAAAUAUAAAAAGACAAAGUGGAGUAGUCAGUUUUCUCUCUUUCAUGACUAUUGUAGCCGAUAGAGGGCACACAUUGCAAUGCAUUAUGGUCCCGUCCACUACACCCAUGUCGUCUCAACAUUACGUGCAAAACCUAUCUAUCUCAAAGACACAAAACACACACUAGGCUAGCGCAUCAAUGCCAUCUUAUUCAACGCGCACAUUUCAAGGUUUCAAAGUCUUUAAAGAAAGAAGAAAGAAGGCAUCAGUGUCUUCAGUUCGCUGUUGAAUCAGAGUUCCCUUUAAAAUGUAACGUGUGUCUCUGUCAAUCAAUGUCUUUGUGCAAAAAAAUAAAUAUACACUUUAUCAGAGUAUUUCUGGAAUAUCUAAAUAAAUGGAUAUUGUUUACAA